AUGUCUACCAGCAACUGUAGUUUCAAGGACCCGUGCGUGUCCAUCCUGCGUUGCAAAUUCUGUAAACAAGUGCUCAGCUCAAGGGGAAUGAAGGCUGUUUUGCUGGCUGAUACUGAAAUAGACCUUUUCUCUACAGACAUCCCUCCUACCAAUGUGGUGGACUUCAUUGGAAGAAACUAUUUCACUGAAAUCUGCAAAUGCAAACUGAAGGACAUUGCAUGUUUGAAAUGUGGGAACACUGUAGGUUAUCAUGUCAUUGUCCCAUGUUGUUCCUGCCUUCUUUCCUGCAACAAUGGACAUUUCUGGAUGUUUCACAGCCAGUCAGUUUUUGGUAUUAACAGACUAGAUUCUACAGGUGUAAAUUUCCUACUCUGGGGCAAUUUGCCAGAGAUAGAAGAGAAUCCAGAUGAAGACUUGUCAGUCAUCCCAAUGGAGGAGUGCAUUAGAUGAGUGGAAUUACAACACAUAUCAUAUUCAGACUUUUUCCUAUGUAAAAUAUAUACUAAUGGAUCAACUUUAAAAUUAUUAAUGAGGACUUGCCAGUGAUUUCUGUUUUUGAAAAAAAAUGAGACAUUUGUUGAUUUAUUUAUUUGCCAUCUCAUAUUAAUCACCUGAGUUUAAUUUGAGCCAAUGUGAUUCUUUUCUUUUUCGCUUCUACUUCUCCUCCUCUCUCCACCCCUCUACCCAAUAUAGGUGUAUUCUUAAAUUCAGAUAGAAGAUUCUUUCAUGUGUAACUCAGCUUCCUCCCAACCAGGGAGAGCUUUUCUUAUAACUAGAAGCCAAAUACCAUUAUUUUUACAUUCCUGAAUAAAGGGCAUUAGUACCUACACACACACAUCAACCAUACAUAUAACCAUGCAUACAUGACAAAUUCAACAGGGAAUUAGAGCUUGACCAGGAAUUUUUAAAAACAGGCUGUUCGGUUUCCAUGGGUACUGGUUAUCCAAUGUUAUAUUGGUGAAAACUACUUGAAUAUGGAGCAAGACCUUGUGAAUCAGCAAACAGAAUAAAUUAAAUUUGUGGAGAAAUCGUCUUAAUUCCUCAGCAUGACGUCACAUAAAUGAAAUUGUCAGAAAAUGAUCAAUCUGUACUGUUUACCAAUAUUAUAUAUUGACAUUCCUCUGAAGUCAUAUGGACAUUGUAUUAUAAAAGCCAGAUGAAUUAAACCUGUGUCUAAGCUAUCCCAUUCUUUAGGGAUUUCCAUGUAAAUAGCAGAUUUUAGAUGUGAGUAGUCUCAGAUGAACCCUUAAAUAGAAAAAAAUUAAAGUGGUUUGCUUAAGCCACUGUACAGUAUAAAGAGAGUUGUUUGUUUGUUUACGCUGCAUUCAGAGCCACAUAGGAAUAGGAAAUUCAGAUGGUGCUGAAUUCUGGUUGUAUGUACAGCUAAAAUCAAUGUGUUUCCUUAGCCAAUAUCUCAGCUUAGAGGCAUUUUGUCAAUAG